AAGCCGCAGCGGGGCUCUCAAAUGGCGGCCGUGGAGCCGGGUCAGGCCAAGCCCCAGAAGCGGGUGAGGUUCCGCGUGGCCUCGGGGAGCAGCGGCCGGGUGCUAAAGGAGAUCUUCAAGGACGAGGGGCCUUGCGACUCCCUGGACUCGGACUGCACCAGCAGCUCGGAUGCGGAGCGGGCCAGCACGCCGUCCACCAGUGGGGACGGACCCCUCUAUGGUGGAUACCUGGGGUCCGAGCUGGAUGACAGUGAGAGCGAACCCGACGACCUCUUGGUGUACGCUGGGGCCACCAAGGACUGGACGUUCACCUCCAAAAGGGUCAACAUACUCAGCAAAAACGGGACUGUGAGGGGGGUCAAGCACAAAGUGAGCGCAGGUCAGACGCUCUUUGAAAACCUCCCCAGCAACAGCGUGGAUUUACUGCUGGAAUUUGGGCGUAUCGUGAUCUACACCACUAGUUUCCGCGUGGUGAGAACCACCUUCGAGGGCUGCGAGCUGGUACGGAAGAUUUUCCAGAACCACAGGGUGAAGUUCGUGGAAAGGAACAUCGCCCUGGACGGCGAAUACGGCAAGGAGCUGGAGGAACGCUGCAAGCGAGUGGGAGAGCCUCCAUCGCUUCCUGUGGUCUUCAUAGACGGACACUACCUCGGGGGUGCUGAGAAGAUAUUAGACAUGAACGAAUCAGGAGAGCUGCAAGACCUCCUCACAAAAAUUGAGCGGGUGCAGCACCCCCAGACGUGCCAGAGCUGCGGGGGCUUCGCCUUUAUCCCGUGCCCGACGUGCCAUGGCAGCAAGAUGUCCGUGUUCCGCAACUGCUUCACGGAUUCCUUCAAAGCCCUCAAGUGCACUUCCUGCAACGAGAACGGACUGCGGCCUUGUGGGAGCUGCAGCAAGUGAGCAUGUCAAGUGCCUGAGACCCCCCCUUACUCACCCCCCCUUCCUUUUCUUCCAAGGCUCUCCAUACUCCACGGCCAUUUGUCGUAGACAAAA